UUCGCUACUUUACUAAUAAACGCCGCCAUCGCCAUCGCCACUGCCAUAUAGUACCGCUUACCGCACACCCGCCACUUUUGCAUCGCUCUGCGAACCAGCAAAAACCAAAAGCGACAUACGAACAAAUUCUAGUUGUUGGUGCGCCCUGCGUGUAGUGCCUUCGCCUUCGUCUUCGUCUUCGUCUUCUCCAGCUCUCGUAGUGUUCGCGCUGACCACUGAUCCACUGAUCCAGUGAUCGCCGGGUAAAUGUGACUUAUCGAUUCGUCGCCAUUUAUUAUCGACAUUUUCGCGCCGCCGCUAAAAUACACACGAGUAAUAAAUCGCGUCGAUUUAUCAAUGUUCCACACUCGUCGGUUUUUAUCACAGUGAUCGUGAUUUUGUGGUGACUUUUUAAUUAAUUAAUUGAUUGAUUAAUUGAUUAGUGCGUUCGAUUUACUUGGUGUUUGGUUCGAUAUCUUUCACACACACACACGUUAAUCAUCCAUUUACGCCAGUCGUAAUCAUGAAGAAACUGUUGUGGAUUUACGCGGCGAUAUGCUGUAUAAGUGUGAUAAUCCAAGCGGCAGCAGAAGAAAACGCAGACGACGGUGGUUUAAAUAUAGAACGAGAUGCAGAAGACACAGCUGACGAUUCGGACGAUCCAUUCAGAAUCAAAAGACAACACGGUCACGGCGGUUCUAAUCCAAUAACUAGUUUAUUAAGUUCGGUAUUUAAUAAAAAAUUAGGUCUUAUCGGAUCCCUUUCCAGUAUAUCGAGCUCGUCGAAAGGAGUUGAAACGCAUCAUCAUACCUACGAUUAUCCGCAUCCACCACCGGUCAAGCCGUUCGAUUGGUGGUCUUUCAAAAAGACUAUUUUAGCUUCGUUAUUACAAGCUGUGAAAGCCAUAACCGGAGGAGUGAUCGCACUAAAUGGUCAACUCGUUAAAGUGAAAGGACAUUUGUUAGCCGCCAAAGGAGCUUUGUUAUCGACGAAAGGAGACUCGAUCACCAAUUUCGGUAAACAUUUAGCCACGAACGCGUUCGGUCAUCAUCAGCCGGCUCAUUCCGAUAUUCACGAAGCGUCGUUACCAGCUCCAGCAUCCGGCGCUACUGCAUCGGGUUACGGAUUAACGGGACCGUCGAAUAUUCACGGAUCUUUGGAGACUGGAUACCCAAACAACGAUUUCAAAUCAGCUAUCGAAUACCCAUCAGGUUACUACAAGGAUCCGAAUAGUUAUGCGAAGAGAGCAGCUCCAGCGUAUUUUUUAGUCGAUAACAACACAGCUGACAAAAGCAGAAAAUGAAAAGUUACCGCUAGACUCGAUGACCAAAACUUUUGAAGAACACGUUGCAAUCCAGUCAUCUAUCAACAUUACACAUAUUGUUAAACAUUUUUAUGUUAAAAUCAUCAGUCAACUAGUCACUCUCAUCACUAUUUAAAAUUAACCAUACCAUUUUUUAUUCCUGUUUAUAAUUGCAUGUUAUUUGUAAGUUACCUAAAAAGGUCUGUCAACUUUUGUAAAUUGUGUAAGUACUACGCGAACGAAUUAUUGUUCAACGCGAUUGCCAACAUUCACUGUGUAAAAAUUAUCAACAUUUUUUAAAUUAUUAUUCCAAAUAUUACGCGAAAUAUCGAAUCGCAGCCGAAAACUAUCAACAAAAAAAUCGCGAUCAAGAACCGGCGCCAUUUUUUUUGUAAUAAAAAAAAUCUUUUUCGCAUGCAGCAAAUCGAUUAAUCGAACGAUUUUUUUUGUUUACAUUAUUUAAGUAGGUUUUAAUAACGUAUCCUACCUAUUAGUUUUGUAACGUUAAAAAAAUUUUGUAUUGUAUAAUAUUUUUUGUAAAUCAAAAUUAAAUUUCACAAAUUUUUGUA